AUGUUUUACUAACCAGCCUAGCUGAUUCAUCGUUAUUUGCGACAGGGUGUUCCGGUCUAGCGAGGCUCAGUUCUGUUUGAGUAAAACUCUGUUCAGUAGGGGUUAGGAUCUAGCCCUGUAGUGACCCGGUAAAGGCUGGUUCAUCCCUCCAUUGUGCUACUGAUGCUGAGGGUGGUUUCCAGUCUCUCCAGUCGUGUGACUGGCUGUCGAUCCCAAGGAGAUCUGAUGCUGAGGUUGGUUUCCAGUCUCUCCAGUCGUGCGACUGGCUGUUGAUCCCAAGGAGAUCUGAUGCUGAGGGUCGUUUCCAGUCUCUCCAGUCGUGCGACUGGCUGUUGAUCCCAAGGAGAUCUGAUGCUGAGGGUGGUUUCCAGUCUCUCCAGUCGUGCGACUGGCUGUUGAUCCCAAGGAGAUUGUCUCGCUGGUCACCAGAGUAGAAUUCUUCUCAACUCUGUCUCCCUGUGGACUGAAGUGUGAAGCAGCCUUAACCUCUGUUCUGGAGAGGUUCUGCCCAGGCUUGGUUCUGAUGCAGAGUAGCGUUGGCAAGGCGUUGUUGGCUGCGGGUUCCAGCCAUGGCUCCUUUCCUUCUCCCCCUGCUGUGUGCACUGCUGAUCUGCCUGCAGACCCCUGGCCUGGCUGGCUCUGACCCGGACUCAGUCCCCCAGUGUGACUCGGGCCUGACCUGGGCGGUGAGCCUGGGGCCGGAGGGGGGGCAGGCAGACAGAAAGGCGCUGGACUCGCUGGCUGGGGAAGUGGCCGCAGAGGCAGGGCUGGAGAGCAGGGGCCAGAUCGGCCAGCUGGAGGGGCACUACCUCCUGGCGUUGCCCUGCGGACAAGAGGGGGGCAGAGAGCAGGCAGCCCGGACCCUGGCACAGCACCCAGCUGUCAGGUGGCACUCAGAACAGCAGCUCCUCAGGAGGGCCAAGCGCAGCCUCACAUUCAACGACCCCAGAUACCCGAAGCAGUGGCACCUGCACAAUAAGGUGCGAGCGGGGAUGGAUAUCAAUGUCACGGCUGUGUGGGAGCACAAUGUCACUGGCGCCGGGGUCACCGUGGUUGUCGUGGACGAUGGAGUUCAACACACUCUGAAGGACAUCCAACCCAACUAUAGCCCAGAGGGGAGCUACGACCUGAACUCCAAUGACCCUGACCCUAUGCCGCACCCUGACGCCAACAACGACAAUCACCACGGGACGCGGUGCGCGGGAGAGAUCGCCGCCGUGCCCAACAACAGCUACUGCGCCGUGGGCGUGGCGUUCGGGAGCCGGGUGGCAGGGAUCCGUGUGCUUGACGGGCCUCUCACUGACAGCAUGGAAGCCGUGGCCUUCAACAAGCACUACCAGAUCAAUGACAUUUACAGCUGCAGCUGGGGCCCCGAUGAUGACGGGCGCACGGUGGACGGCCCACACCCUCUGGGCAAGGCAGCGCUGCAGCACGGGGUCAUUGCUGGCAGGAAGGGCUUCGGCAGUAUCUUUGUGGUCGCCAGUGGCAACGGAGGACAGUACAAGGACAACUGCAACUAUGACGGUUACGCCAACUCCAUCUACACUGUGACCAUUGGAGCAGUGGAUGAGAAUGGCCAGAUGCCCUUCUAUGCGGAGGAGUGUGCCUCCAUGCUCGCCGUCACGUUCAGCAGUGGAGACAAGAUGCUGCGCAGCAUUGUGACCUCAGACUGGGACCUGCUCAAGGGGACUGGCUGCACGGACGGGCACUCUGGCACCUCCGCUGCCGCCCCCCUCGCUGCGGGGAUGGUGGCUCUGAUGCUGCAGGUUCGACCCUGCCUGACCUGGAGAGACGUGCAGCACAUCAUAGCCUUCACUGCCACCAAGUAUGAGGACCGGCGAGCGGACUGGGAGUUGAACGGAGCCGGGUUCCACCACAGUCACCAGCACGGCUUCGGGCUGCUCAACGCCUGGAGACUGGUCAACGCUGCCAAGGUACCAGCCAGAUUGCCAACCCCUGCCUGCCUCAGCCACGAGACUAAACACAGCAGCACCAAGAGAUGCACAAUCAGUGCAAAGACUGAAGUGUUCAAUGUCUCAGUGCAGUGAGGAUCUCUCGCACCC